CUCGAUGUCAUUGUCGUCACCAAAUACAGCUGGCGGUCUUCGAGUCGCUUGUGGUGGCUUCGCCUUCUUCGUGAUAUUGAGGCCGUACCCCAAGGCCAUGGUGGUGUUGUCGUUGUCGUUGCCGGGAUUUGUAUGGGCGGUCUCGCGAUAAGGUUAAAGUUGCAGCGCGCGUCGUGCUUGCCUGCCGUGCUGGACGCGUGGGUUGUCUGCUCCGACUCCCGGCGUCACCUGCUGGUUGUUGCUCAGGUUACGUAUCUCACCACCAUGCCCUUGUCAGACGAGGAUCUCCAGGGUUGGAUACUGGCCUGUGCUUCCGGCGUCGCAUGUAUCGUUGGAGCCUCCGUCAUCUUCAGCGACAUCCUGAUUCGUCGCCUUCCAGGUCGGCAUGAUUUCGACAUCAAGACCGAUAAGAAGUUUCUGGUGGGCAGUCUAUCAUUAGGAUCAGGUGUUCUGCUCUAUUCGGCGUUCUUCAAGAUGAUGCCGGAAGCGAAGGGAUGGCUCGAGAGUGGGAUGAGCAAGAAAGCGGCAGGGUGGAUGCUGCAAGGAUCGUUCAUCGCCGGGGUGUUUGUAUGCAUGGUACUGAAUGCCAUCGUACAUGCGCUGACUCCUCAUUCGAUCAUUCAUUGCGGGGAUCAUGACGUUCAUGAGGACAGCGCUGGGGGAGCGUUGAGCGAGACCGGUGAUACAUUGGCACCUCUCCCCAGUCAUCACCACAAUCAUUCACAAGACGACUAUUUCGCACACAACCACAACCAUCAUCAUGACUCUGAGCGCAGGCCGCUCUUGAAUCGCGCUUCGACAAGGUCUAUAGGAAGCAUGCGAUGCGCAGAAGAAAGCGAUCCAAUACGACCAAGUCUCUGCGCAGGAUACAGCAAUCCCUGUUUUACACGGCUCCACAACGGCACAUGUGACUGUCGUAGACAAGCAUCGUCACCUGACAGAAAAGCUCUACAUCCCAAAACUCGGAGACGGCAGUAUUCUAGUGAUUUGGAAGACAUGGUUCAUAGUGAUGCCGAGCAUAGUCAUCAUCAUGAGGAAAGUCACGGCCAUGAGCACCAUCACCACGUUCCGGAGCCACAUAAGGCGAUGAUGGCGAUUGGUAUUCAAACAGCUAUUGCGAUAUCCCUACACAAGCUCCCGGAAGGCAUUGUGACAUUCGUUACGAGUCAUGCGGACAGGAAGCUCGGCUUUGCAGUGUUCCUGGCACUGGCGAUACACAACUUGGCCGAAGGCUUCACCAUAGCUUUCCCGUUAUAUAUCGCGCUUAACAGUCGUCUCAAGGCUUUUGGUGCAGCGAUCUUACUCGGAGCAUGUAGCCAACCUCUUGGAGCGCUUAUUGGUUAUCUUUGGACGAGUAGCUACGAACCGUCACCAGCUCAAGAUGUUGUGUACGGUGUUCUCUUUAGUUCCACGGCAGGCUUCAUGUCCGUAAUUGCUAUUCACAGCAUGUUACC